ACAAACCGCUUUCUGCGUUAUGCAUUCUGUUUCCAUAUGUCUUCGUCUAUUGUUGCUCUGCUUCCUGAUACCCAGCGCUGUCAGAUCACAAGACUUUUGCGUCGCAGACCAGUGUCGUAUUCUGGAGUUCAGCCCUGAAAAAGUAUUUGAAGGGAAACGUCUUAUUCAACACACGAUUCACGUCGUGGAAGUAACGGAUCCAAGGUUCUGCAAGAACUUGUGUUACAUGGAACCCGACUGUGUCAGCAUUAAUCUUGAUAAAAGAGAGAAUCGACAUGGAAACUACAAAUGUGAACUGAAUAAUGUCACUCACGAAGGACACGAACAUCGGUUGGAGGAUCACGAAGAUUUUUUCUACCAUGCUGCUGAGAGCAACUGUGUCAAAAGUCCUUGCAAGAAUAACGCAAGAUGUCAAAGUGGAUUUACGGACAAAGGUUUCCGCUGUAUUUGCCCAGCUGGAUUCAAAGGUCAAAGAUGCAGUAAAGACAUAGAUGAAUGUGUCAGAGGUUUACAUAAUUGUAGUCUUAAUGCCUAUUGCAACAACACUAAAGGGUCUUACAAAUGUACGUGUAAACCUGGAUUCACUGGAAAUGGACGAGAAUGCAAAGGAAUUACUUCGUGUAAAGAGUUCUAUGAUAAGGGCAAGAAGGCCAAUAUGAGCAUUGUGGUUACUCUCCUUAUUGAUUCCCAACCAGUCCCCGUUCUUUGUCACCUAGGAAAUUUUGGAUGUGGAGAUGGAGGAUGGACGCCGGUUAUGAAGAUUGACGGCAGAAAUACAACCUUUCAUUACAACAAACCUUACUGGAGUAAUUACAGGGAAUUUAACCCCACUGGGGGACAAACUGGUUUUGACGAACAGGAAACAAAGCUACCUACAUACUGGAAUACAUCCUUCUCCCAGAUCUGUCUCGGUAUGAAAAUCGAUCAACAGCUCAGGUUCAUUGUCAUCAAGAAGCAGGCUGACUCUCUGUUCUCACUGAUCGCUGACGGGAAAUAUCGCAAUACAUCACUGGGCCGCGACACGUGGAAGUCACUGAUUGGCUCUAAUGCCUCUUUGGAACGGAACUGUAACAAGGAAGGUUUCAGUGCUAAUUGCGGUGGGAAAAUAAGCUCGAAGGCCAGAAUUGGCAUUGUUAGCAACCGCAAAAACAAUUGCUCCGCUUGCACUUCAAGGGUCGGAUUUGGCACUGGAGGGUGGCCUCUUUACUCGAUUUCGUGCGGUAACACAGCAAGAUCCGCCGCAGGAAAAGGAAAAUUGAGCAUUACCGCCAUUGGAUACAUCUUAGUGCAUUAAAACAAUAACAACACAAGACACGAAUCAGUUUACUCGUCAAGAUGCACCAUAAUUUUCAGCUCGAGCUUAGCUUUGUGUUGCAGGGUUGUUAUAAUUUUACCAUAGUUUUCAAAAAAGGUCUUCGACAUCUCGGGGUGCUAGCUUGGGUUGGGAACGAAUCUAAUACCUUCCCUGGUCCCACUGAAGAGACUUCUGGCUCGAAUCUUACACCGACCUCACCUGUUUCCCGCUGACGCCAUCGUCUGUAUUUUUUCCACUCUAUUAAGUCAUACACACAUCUAAAUAAUCCUUCCCCAGGAUCCCACAGCUAGUCACUAAUAGCACCAAUCAGAUGUUAAGUUCCAAAACGUAAAAGGAAAAAAAGAAGAAGAAAAACAAACAGUCAGAUAGAUACUUCAAUCAGAUAGAGAAGACUGAAUAACUUCA